AAUACGUCAGAUCGGAACGCGCGCCUUGAACAAGUCAGACAACCAUCCUACCCGGGCCAAUUGGCCACCAAAAAGGCAAAAAAGGCGGGAAUAUAAUUUUGAGAAAAAACCCGAUUUUUUCGGGUGUAAACCCGACGUUAUCUAUUCCCAUUUAUCCGCAAUUAUCAUUUUCCAAUAAAAAUGAAGCAAUCGCAUUAAUAAUGCUGGACUGUAAGCAAUUAGUAGAAUGUUAAUCCGUUCGUCAAUUAAUUCAAUGUACAAGACUCGUUCAGAUGAAUCUGUUACCUGUUCGUCUCGGUAAAGGAAAGAGGCAAAAAGCGCGCUGUGUACUCAAUAUAUUCAUUUUCGUUGUUAUCGUCACAGCGCUCGCGUGCGUCUUCGAUCUAUCUUUGAAACCGCACUUACGUUCGUCCAUUUCACACGCACUCUCAUACAUUAAAAAAAAAAUAGUUCAACAAAAGGUGAAGAGGAAGUGAAAUCAUAAAUCCUCGAAAUGAAUGUCGAUAGUGAAUAAUUUGUGACACCCGGAUACUCCAAUAAUUCUUCUUCCCCUCGAUAAUACGAGUUUAUUGUGAAAUACAUCGUUGGCAGUGAACGUUGAGUGUCCGUACGUCACUAUUUCUCCUUGUCGAUAAAAAAAAAUUGACAAGCAAAAAAUAAAGAAGAAAUGCAAUACACAGGUUUUAAAGUUUAUACUGACAUCAACACCGAUAUUUCCAGUUUAACAAAUACAUUUUGCAAAUGUGAACUCUUAUCAAUAAUUGCCUUCAAAAUUUUUGAUAAAUACUAAUAAUGGAAAAUUCGUGACUAUAUUUUUUCAUAAACGUUGACUACCACCAGUUGAUUGUAAUAAUGAAAUCGUGAUUAACAAGAUGGUUUUUCAAAUUUUAAUAAUUCUGUUAACAUGUGGUAUAACGAGGGCAUUUACUGUGGAUGAUGUGCAAAAAUAUGUUGGAUGUAUGUCGCAGUGUCAACAAGCUUCCUGCCGAGAUGAAUGCUUCCAAAACGAGUAUUCCGAUAAAAAAAUGAAAACAUCCACUGAGGCUGCCAAUUUCAAUGCGACAUUGCACUGUAAAGAUGUUGAUCUUCUAGCGAUCAAAUAUAAUCCUGGAAUAUAUGUUAUUGCGAUGGAAAACAUGUCCAACGUGUGGAGUCGAGUUUCAAUGGUCGAAGGCGGUCAUUCGAUUUUUCAAAAUCUGCUACCCGGAACGUCUUAUCGCUUGGUCGUCCACCGUUUUAAGGAAAAUGUCAUCUCCGCACCAGAAAUUACCGAAUGGUUUACAACAACAGCAUUGGGAAUGAUACCGGAGCCGUUGGCUGGGGUUCACAUGAAGCAAAUCUUGAAGGAUGACAGAAAUGAUGACCAUUUAAUGGCUGAAAUUUCGCUCCUCCCCGGCGAAGAUCGUAGUUGCUUUUAUGAUGUUUUAUCGUUUCACGCAGACGAAGGAUUAUCGAUUGGAAGCUUGAAUGGGACACGAGGAUUCCAAUUUAAACUUCGCAACUUGGAGUAUCAUCAAAAUAACACAGUAAUGAUAUCCGCAAGAAACAAUGGAAGCUCAAAGAGCAGUCGCAAUAUUUCUCUGACGUUCGAGACCCCGACGUGCUUAGAAAUCCACGCAAAUUUGUCGAGAUGUCCUCCCGAUGAAGUUAGUGGGCUGAAAAUGACAGGUGAACACGUGUCGGACUCUGAAGUGGACUUUUCCCUCUCCUGGGAUCAACCAAAAUUCCCGCCAAAUAACUACAGAAUCCAAAUAACGACGAUUGAUCAGUCCACAGCACCCUACGUCAUUAUCGUACCAGGGAAUGAAACUGGAGUUUCUUACUCAUUAGAAAACAUCGGAAUACCUCACAUGAUUACCAUUGUAGCAGAAUCACUAAGCGGAACGAGUAUGCCAGUGACAAUUCCAUAUGUUCCAGAACCGGAGCGUUACUCCUCGACAUCAGUACUCCAAAAAGCGUUGAUAAUCUUUCCUGCUGUAAUCCUGGGCGCGGUAUUCACAACAAUGAUCUACAUCUAUCUUCGAAACAGAAAAAUACAGAACUGGAGGGAUCCAUAUCGAUAUUGCAAGAACAAUUUUCAUGACCGAACAAUAUUUAAUCAUCUGUACGAAAAGCCAAAGGUUCUAGAAGUGGAAUAUAAGACCGAGGAUGAUCCACUGAUAGCCAAAGAUCAUCUGGAACUGGGAGCAAUGCCGCUGCAGAUAAAAUGCAUCUUAGGGAGUGGAUUCUCUGGUGUUGUUCGAUUGGGUACCCUGAAGAUCGAUGAGAGCAAAACAAUUGAUGUUGCUGUAAAAAUGCUGAGGGAUUGUCCAAGUCCGGAGGAUGUAAAAAAUUUUCAACACGAGAUGAUGGUGAUGAGAUCAGCUGGAAAACAUCCAAAUAUUGUUUCUCUGAUUGGUUGCUGCACUUCGGAAAUUAAACCGCUACUAGUCGUUGAAUAUUGUAGCAAAGGAGAUCUUCAAACGUAUCUAAGAAAUAUAUGGAAAUCGCUAAUUGAGGGUUCCCUUCAUUGCGAAGCCAAAUGCAAGUUAAUAAACGAAAGAAGCCGUGCCUUACCGAGCCCAGAAUAUGAGAACAAUCAAGAAACAGUCGUAUCCAAUAUGCUUUAUGACAUGCAGCAAGAUGUGCUGAAUGCCACUGAGGACAUCACGGGCGCUGAUUUGCUGAGAUUUGCAAUGCAAAUCGCCAACGGCAUGAAAUUCCUAUCGCUGAAUCGAAUAGUCCAUCGGGAUCUGGCUGCCAGGAAUGUAUUAGUUUGUGGUGAUAGAACGGUGAAGAUAUCCGAUUUUGGGCUCAGUCGGGAUAUUUAUCAGGACAGUGUCUACAAAAAACAGGGAGAUGGAAAACUGCCACUCAAGUGGAUGGCUGUUGAGGCAUUAACGCAUCAGAUAUAUACGAGUCAAAGUGAUGUAUGGUCCUUCGGAAUUUUGCUGUGGGAAAUUGUAACUCUAGGUUGCAACCCAUACCCCGACACACCUACGCAUACGAUUCUGCAGGUUCUGAAGACUGGAUAUAGGAUGGAAAGACCUAGCAAUUGUGGAAAAGAAUUGUACGACAUCAUGCUUUCCUGUUGGCGGACGAGACCCCGUAGUCGGCCGACAUUCACGGACUUGAAGCGUGAUCUCGAAAAAUUAUUACAGACAGUUGGCCAUCAUGAGUAUUUAAAUUUAUACGACAUUCAUAAUGAAUCACGGAAUACAGACACCUCCGAAUAAAUAAAUUCACAAGGUCACAUCAAUUUACCAUUAAAAUCGCGCCAUAAUCAUGUGCAAAAUCUCUUAUAUUUUAUUAUAUAUAUUCCAUCCGUACAUAAGAAUCUGUGGUACAAUUUGUCUCAAUAUCCAUAUAUGUACAUAAUCUUAUGUUUUGAAUCUCAAAAACUCAGUAAUAGUAUGGAAAUAAACUCUAAAGCUUGUCCUUCAUGUAGCUUAUCGAUAGAUUUAAAUAAUUAGUUAAUAUUACAAAAUGUUACAGUAGGUUGAUUUACACGUUUUAUGGAACAAUUCGCAUCGGCAUUAGCAUUACUCCUCCAAAUGCCAAAAAUCUGUCGAUAAAUGAAUACAUAUCUGUGUCCAAUGAGAAUGAAUAUUGCAUUAUUCAUCCAGUAACAAUUGAUUUUUCAUUUUCAAUUGCAUUAUUCAUCCUCUUAACAUACCUGAACAUUAUUUUCAACGAUCGUUCCUAUUGUAUAUCGCCCAUCGUUGAUCAAUAACUUGAUGAUUUUUUUAUUUUCAUUUUUCAAAUGAUGAUAUGAACCAGAAGACUGAUAUCAAUCUCUAAAUAAUAGUAACUGCAUACCAACAGGAUAUUCCACUUUUUUUACAGAUUAAACUCAUUCACGUUCAUUGCUCAGUGAGUUUUAUAAAAUCAUUUCAUUUUUCGUUGGAAUUUAUAAUACAGUUGUGAACGUGACUCCGGCGUUAGGCCUUCCUCACUGAUAAUUAUUUAAAGAUCAAUGCUACAUCAAUAUAUAUUUUUGUGAUUAAAAUCCUUCUGCGGGGUAUUUACAGACUCGAAGAUUAUUCACUUUUGGAUAUUAGGCAUUUUUUGUGUAUCUAUCAUCAAUCACAUAAAAAAAAUCCAAUAUAAAUAUUUUAAGUAAAAUUUUUCACAUUUUCAAUGAGAUAAACAGUAUGUGUGCAUUGGAUCGAAUGAUAAAAGUUAUCGUGCGACGAAAAUGUCAAUAAAAUAAUCUGCAUAGAACCAUCAAGAUCAAGAUCUUUUAAUCUAUUCCAUGUAAUACUGAACAUUUGUAUUGAAUUUUUUGUACGUGAUGAAUUUGUUUAAAAUCAUGAAAAGUGAUGAUGUUCAAUUGACACUGAAAAUCUUUGUUCAACGAAAAUUAAAAAUUUGGAGAAAACAAUACCAAACAGAUCUCACAUCUUCGAGAAAUACGAAUCGUUAAAUGUUGUUUUUUUUUUUGAUUUAGUAAAAUAUUUAGGAUAGCUAGAGAGAUAAUUUUAUUUGAUGUACAUUAUUUAUGAUAAUUUGUUCAUUCUGAAUAAAACAUUUCUCUCAGAA